AAAGUUCCUCAAUAUUCUCCAAAGCAAUAGCAAACAAGAAGUUAAUCACUUCUGCUAUAUCAUAAUGAAAGGAAUUCAUUCCAUUCUUAUAGCUUUCAGCCUCUUGGCUUUGGCUUGCUCAUUGGCCUCAGCGUAUGAUCCCAGUCCUCUCCAGGAUUUCUGUGUUGCUGUCAAGGACAUCAAAAAUGGAGUGUUUGUAAACGGUAAAUUCUGCAAAGACCCAAAGCUUGCAGUUGCAGAAGAUUUCUUUUUUUCAGGCCUAAACAAGCCGGGGAACACAGCUAAUCUAGUUGGAUCAAAUGUCACUAUGGUCAAUGUUGAUGCAUUACCAGGACUUAACACUCUCGGCAUAUCUCUGGUUCGAAUCGACUAUGCGCCUAAUGGCGUUAACCCUCCUCACACUCACCCUCGAGGAUCUGAGAUCUUACUUCUUGUCCAAGGCACACUUCUUGUCGGCUUCGUUACAUCGAACACGGACAACCGUCUCUUCACGAAAAUAUUAAACCCCGGAGAUGUUUUUGUUUUCCCAUUCGGUAUGAUUCAUUUCCAGUUCAACAUAGGGAAAACUGCGGCGGUCGCCUUUGCUGGUCUCAGCAGCCAAAAUGCUGGGGUUAUCACCAUUGCUAAUGCAGUGUUUGGCUCAAACCCACCGAUCAACCCAGAUGUUCUCACCAAGGCCUUCCAAUUGGACAAGAAUACGGUUAAGUAUCUCCAGUCUCGGUUCUGAUCGGACUAAAAAGUACUGUAAGAGCUAAAUCAAAACCUCAGAAGUUUGUUUGAAAUAAUGUUGUGGUGUUAUUGGUGUCGUAGUGUCCUACGUGCUAUUAUAUAAUGAAUUAGCUGUUAUUG